GUCGCCGACGUUAUCCGCCGAUUAUUUAUUCAUAUUUAUUUUAUUUUAUUUUAUUAUUCCAACCAGUAACAGUGUACUCUUUGGAACAAGAAUCAGGAUCAAGUUUUGUACACACUCACGAAGUUCCUUCGAAUCGAAUCGAAGCUGCAAUUCUUAGGGUUUCUGAAUCGUUAAUGUGUUUGUGUCUCAAGAAUCGCAAUUGAUAGUUGGACCUAUAAUCUCCUACCAACUGCAAUGUCUGGUCCCCUCGAUCGUUUCGCCAGACCUUGCUUUGAGGGGUUCUCGGGCAGUGAUGAGAAGAGGGAGAGGAGAUCUGAUUUUGACAACUCUGAGGAUGAAAGGAGGACAAGAAUUGGAUCCCUAAAAAAGAAAGCAAUUAAUGCAUCCACGAAAUUCAAGCAUUCUCUUAGAAAGAAGGGUCCCAGGAGAAAAAGUGAUGGCCGUGUAAGCUCCGUUUCUAUUGAGGAUGUUCGGGAUGUUGAAGAGCUGCAGGCUGUGGAUGCAUUUCGCCAAUCGUUGAUUAUGGACGAAUUGCUUCCAGCAGCAUAUGAUGAUUACCAUAUGAUGUUAAGAUUUCUGAAAGCAAGGAAAUUUGAUAUUGAAAAAGCAAAGCAUAUGUGGGAUGACAUGCUACAAUGGAGGAAGGAGUUUGGUACUGACACUAUCAUGCAGGAUUUUGAGUUCAAAGAGUUAAAUGAAGUUAUGAGGUAUUAUCCACAUGGUCACCAUGGUGUCGAUAAGGAGGGAAGACCUGUUUAUAUUGAAAGACUUGGAAAAGUUGAUCCAAACAAACUCAUGCAAGUUACAACUAUGGAUAGAUAUGUAAAGUACCAUGUGCAAGAGUUUGAGAAAACUUUUGCAAUAAAGUUUCCUGCUUGCACUAUUGCUGCGAAGAGGCACAUUGAUUCAAGCACCACAAUUUUAGAUGUUCAAGGAGUGGGCCUUAAGAACUUUACAAAGUCUGCCCGGGAACUCAUUACGCGAUUGCAGAAGAUUGAUGGUGACAAUUACCCUGAGACACUCUGCCAAAUGUUUAUUAUAAAUGCUGGCCCUGGAUUUAGGCUGUUGUGGAACACUGUCAAGUCUUUUCUUGAUCCCAAGACAACUUCAAAAAUUCACGUUCUUGGAAACAAGUAUCAAAGCAAAUUGCUUGAAAUAAUUGAUGCAAGUGAGUUGCCAGAAUUUCUGGGAGGUACCUGCACUUGUGCAGAUCAAGGAGGUUGCCUUAGAUCCGAUAAAGGGCCCUGGAAAAACCCUGAAAUAUUGAAGAUGGUUCUCAAUGGUGAAGCACGGCAGGCAAGGCAAGUAGUAAAAGUUCUUAAUAGUGAAGGGAAGGUUAUUGCAUAUGCCAAGCCACGGUACCCAACGGUUAAAGGCAGUGAUACAUCCACUGCUGAAUCAGGGUCAGAAGCUGAAGAUAUCGCUUCUCCAAAAGCGAUGAAGAGUUAUUCACACCUUAGGUUGACCCCUGUUCGCGAGGAAGCUAAGAUGGUUGGAAAGUCAACCUAUACCAGUAACUUGAUUGGGUAUGAUGAAUACGUUCCAAUGGUGGACAAACCUGUUGAUGUUAGCUGGAAGAAGCAAGCAUCUCUACAGAGGUCUUAUACUUCAAAAGGAGCACCUUCUCUUCUCGACACUACUCAGAAAACUCCAGAAGGGAUUCAAGCUCGGAUUUGGAUAGCGCUGACUGCCUUCUUCUUGACCUUUGUUACUCUUUUCCGUCAAGUUGGAUGCCAUGUGACCAAGAAACUUCCUGCAUUAUCAUCUAAUGAUGAUCAGAGUACUUCAGAACCAACUCUUGAUACAACCAACACGGAGGUUUGUGAUCUGUCAUCAACUCCAUCAACUCCAGCAUGUACAGAGGAAAAUCUCCUUCCCUCCAUGCUGAAAAGGUUAGGUGAGCUUGAAGAGAAGGUUGACACACUCCAAUCUAAGCCAUCUGAGAUGCCUUAUGAAAAAGAAGAAUUGUUGAAUGCUGCUGUCUGCCGGGUUGAUGCUUUGGAAGCAGAGUUAAUUGCUACUAAAAAGGCUCUCCAUGAUGCGUUAAUGAGGCAAGAAGAGCUGCUUGCUUACAUUGAUAGGCAUGAAGAAGCCAAGUUACGGAAAAAGAAGUUUUGCUGGUGAGAUUUAUUUCGAUAGAAAGAGACUCUACGGAGGAGGAUAUUUCUCAAAGCACACUUAUUUCUAUGGAGUGUUGACCUUGCACAUGAUGUAACUCUUAACCGCUGAUUUUCAGUGUACUAUGAGUAAACUUAAUGGAGAAUUGUUUCUAAUGUGUAUAUCCAGAAUGGCAUCUUUACUGGCUUGUAAAACCCAAUCUUUGUUGUGGUUAGCUUCGGUUAUCGGUGUGUUUGGUUUUGGUUGCCUUUGUUGGUUGAAAAGGUUUUGUUCAUCUGAUCUUUCAUCAGGUGCAUCGAGUAUUAUAUCAGUAAUGCACGUGCCUGAUUAGGAUUGUCUGCUGGCCUUGUCCUCUGGUUUUGU